CAAAAUGGCGGACGAUGAAAAGAAGGAUGAGAGCGUGGCUUGCGAAAAUACCCCAAACAGUAGCGAAGAUCACGAUAGUGGCAAUUCAGUGACAUCGACAACUGAUAUCGCAUCACCCAGAGAUGCACCUAAGAUCAGUCGGCCACCUCUGUUCGGUGCUCGACCGAUGGCUAUGCCAAGGAUGAGAGGUCCUCCACCAGGUCCCCCAGGGAUACGACCACCACUGACAGGAUUUCGGCCACCACCUAUGGGUCACAUGAUGCGUGGGCCGCCUCCUCCAGUAAGACCGCCUUUUGGGAGACCGCCAUUUGAUACAACAAUGCCGAUGCCUCCACCGACUGGUCUACCACCACCAUUUCAUAUGCAGAGACCAAUGCCGCCACCACCUAUGCCGAUGCCGAAUCAGAUGCCGCCACACUCCACUGUGUCUAUGCAGCAUGCUGUUGCAGCUGCAGCAGCUCAGGCCCCAGACAUAUGGGUUGAAAACAAAACACCUGAAGGAAAGACUUACUACUACAACGCGCGUACUAGAGAAUCCACCUGGACAAAACCAGAAACUGUGAAAGUCAUUCAGCAAUCAAGAACUGCAGGCCCUGGCUGCAUCAGGAAAACACCCACUACCACUGUUAUGUCAUCAACUGCUGCAGCUGCAACAACUGCCAGUACUACUGUGACCACAGUAGCUGCAACAACAACUGCUGUUCCUACUGUCACUACCAGUCAAAUGACUCCUACGUCAUUACAUAUAUUUCAUGGUAAGAAACUAUUCAGGCCAGUGGUUUCUGUGGCAUCAUCUCCCCAGCCAAUGUUGCCACCACCACCUAUGAAUAUGAUACCAGGAAUGCCAAUGAUACCACCAUUCCGGAUGCAUGGAGUACCACUUCCUGCAAUGCCUCUUCCAAUACCAGGUAUGAUGCCUCCUACACUGCCAGUUGGGAUGCUGCCCCCUCCCCAGGUUGCAGUAACCACCGUACCAACAGUCCUGAAGCCUUCAUCUCCCCAUAGUGAAUGGUCUCACCAUAAGAAUGCUGACGGAAGAACCUAUUAUUAUAACUCUCGUACCAUGGAAUCCACGUGGGAGAAACCAAAUGAACUGUUAGAUUUGGAGAAAAAACCUGCAGAAAAAGAGAAAGAAACUGAAGAGGAACCUGUGAAAAUGGAAGUAGAGGAAAAUGAAAGUAAAGUAGAGGAAACCAAGGAGGUUAAAGAAGAUCCAGAAACUGUAGAAAAACCCAAAGAAGGAGAUAAAUCAAAACCAAUUCAGAGUAAACCAGUCCCUGGAACACCAUGGUGUGUUGUGUGGACUGGAGAUGAGAAGGUGUUUUUCUACAAUGCUAGUACUCGUGCGUCACUCUGGGAGAAACCAGAGGAUUUGAAGGGUAGAACUGAUGUAGAUAAAAUGGUACAGGAACGGCCAUGGCAACCAAAGGAUGAAGACUAUGAUUUACACUCUGAUUUAAAUAAGAAGAAAUUAGAAGACCCUCUUGAUGAUGAACCAAAGGCAAAGAAGAAAAGAGAUGAAAAAUCUGAAGUUGAUCCUGAGAAAGAAGCUGCAAUUGAAGCGGAAGUAAAAGCUGCCAGAGAGAGAGCAAUAGUACCUUUGGAGAUUAGAAUGAAGCAGUUUAAGGAUAUGUUAUAUGAAAGAGGUGUAUCAGCCUUCUCUACCUGGGAUAAGGAACUACACAAGAUUGUUUUUGAUCCGCGUUAUCUGUUGCUGAGCCCACGAGAGCGAAAGCAAGUAUUUGAGAAAUAUGUAAAACAGAGAGCGGAAGAAGAGAGAAAAGAAAAGCAUAGUAAAAUGAAAGAAAAGAAAGAGGAAUUCAGAUCACUUUUAGAAGAAGCAAAGCUGACAUCAAGGACAACAUUCAGUGAGUUUGCCACCAAGUAUGCCAAAGAACGUCGUUUCAAAAUCAUUGAUAAGAUGAGAGAGCGGGAAGGAUUAUUCAACGAGUAUAUGCUACAAGUACGCAAGAAAGAAAAGGAGGAGGGCAGAUCACGGCAAGAAAAGAUUAAAGGAGAUUUCAUUGCUCUCUUGAGUGAAUGUAAGUCAAUUGAUAAACAUAGUAAAUGGAGUAAAGUUAAAUCAGGAUUGGAUUCAGACAGUCGAUACAAAGCUGUGGAAGACAAGAAAACAAGAGAAUUGUGGUAUCAAGAAUACAUCUCCACUACAUUCAAGGAAAUAAACGAAGGUGCCGAACGACAGAAGAGAAUUGAAGCAAGUAUACGUGAAAGAGAACGAGAAGUUCAGAAAACUAGAUUAGAGCAGCUGAAAGAACUAGACCGGGAAAGAGACCAGCAUAAAAAAGAUGAAGCAACACAGCAUUUCAAAGCAUUAUUAGCUGAUUUGGUACGGGAUUCUGAUGCAGCAUGGAGGGAUACAAGGAGACAGCUUCGUAAAGACCAUAGAUGGGAUUUCUGCCGCUUGUUGGAGAGAAGUGAGAAAGAGAAACUAUUUCAUGAACACAUUAUUGCAUUAUCUAAGCGGAAGACAGAGCAGUUCAAAUUAAUGUUGACAGAGUCACCUCACGUAACUUUGACGACAUCAUGGAAAGAUGUCAGGAAACACAUAAAAGAUGAUCCAAGAUAUGUCAAGUUUUCUUCAAGUGAUCGGAAACGAGAACACGAGUACAGUAUUUAUAUUCGCGAUAGACGUAUUGCUGCUAAAGCUGAUUUUAGAAACUUGCUUCGGGAAACUAAAUUCAUUACUUAUAGAUCAAGAAAUUUAGUGAACACCAGUGACAGUCAGCACUAUAAAGACAUUGAACAGAUUCUACAGAAAGAUAAACGUUAUUUAGUUCUUGAUAGUGUGCCCGAAGAACGCAAGAAAUUAUUAUUGUCAUAUAUUGAUGAUCUCAGUAUGAAAGGACCCCCUCCUCCUCCGACAGCAUCGGAGCCGUCUAGACGAAGUUCCAAACCAUAGGAGCGAUUACAAGACGACUACCUCUGCAUACUCAACAUGGAAGCAUUGUUAGAGAGUUUGACAAUCAUGUGCAUAAUCCAAUGAACAUUGCAGCUAAUUGGUUGUGUGUUUUGAUUAUCCAAAUUAGGUACAAUUGCAGUGAAAUUUAUUCCUGUGCAAAAUACACUACAAUUUGAUUAUAAAACAAUAGACAAACUUUCAACUGGAUACUUUGCCAUUAGAUGCUCUUCUGUGUUGUUUUCCUGUCAGAUGGUGGGUUCUUAAUUCUCAAUAUUGUUUGCUGCUGUUUUCCAGCCCCAUUCCGUUAGAUAUGUGUGGAUACCAAGAUGAUGCCAAUGGCUUUGUUGUGAAUGAAUGAAUAACAAAAAACUUUCUGAUGUUAUACUGAAAUUUCAGCAAUCCCCAUAACCAUGAUUUCCCAUGUGACUAAACACAGCAUGCAUUAUUCAUAGUAAGACAACUUUUUAUCAUCACACUCAGGACCCUUGUAACUAGAGAUGUUGCAUCAUGUUAAAUUCAAAAGUUGUGUAUUUUCUCAUUCAAAAUUCAAAUUCCAUGUUUUUUUAAAAACUGUACAUGUAUGUUCUUGUUGUGGGUUGUACAAUUAAAUUGUCCGUAGAGUCUGGCACUAAGAUUUAUUUUAACAUGGCUCAGGCAUAUAUUUUCAACAGUAUUGUAUCUACCAUACUCAAAUACAGGUAUGUGAUAAAAUAGACAUGCUAAUGCCUUUAAUAAGGAUCAUGACACAACAAACUAUUGUCUAAUAUCACUUCUCUUGUCUCUGCUGAAAGCCCUUAUUACUAGUCGUGAUAGUUUUUUUUUUUUGUAUAAAAAAUUAUUAAACUUUUAAGCAUUGUACAUGUAAAUGAUAGGAACAAUAUUAAAUAUAAAUGUGCUUUUUUUUCCCAGUCUUUAACGAUUUCUUCAAUCAUGUUCACCCAAUUUUGGAUUUUUUUGUUUGUUUUAUUUUAAAAUUUCAAUGUAAACAGGAAAGACGAGUUUGUUACUUUACUUGAUUUGACCAUUAUUUCUGCAGGGGUGGCAGGAUUAGAGUUUACAGGGCCAGAUUAUUUUUCUAUUCAACAGAUGAUGUACCACUUUUUUUUCACAGAGGCUUUAUGCACAUUUCAUGUGCUGUCGUUUCUUCCCAUACAUCUCUUUACAAUCCCGCCCCUCCCAGAAACAUCUACCCCUCUACCUCUCAACAGAGUCAGUCUUGUAUUGCUGCA